AUGUUGGAAUUCUCGUGGGAUAAAAUAGCGAAGUUAAAUGAAGCUGACAUAGAUAUAGACAAUGCAAACUAUUACUGCCAAUUGUUUUUAGAUGCUAAUGUUGAGGACUGGGAUGAUAGUGAUCGACUUAAGCAUGUUUUUCAAAUUACUCAGACGUUGCUUAACCUAAAAUGGGAACAAUGGAAGUUAUCAGAGGCAAGCUUGUCGGACAAAACCUCAGAAAUAAAUAAUCUGAAAGAUCAAAUAAGGGAACUAGAACAAGAAAACAAAGAUUUGCAAAAAGCAAUUUCUGCUUCUGGUCUUGAUAGAGGAAGCAUUGGUGAGACGAGGAGACUUGAGUUUAAAGUCGUCAAACUGCAAUCUGAACUAGAAUCCCUAAGGAUAGCCAAAGAUACCUCUUUUAAAGAAAAAGAAGAACUUUUGAAUGAAAAAGGUGAUCUGGAAAGAAAAGUGGAACUGGUUUCAAAAGAAAAUAAGGAACUUCAGGAGCGUUGUGAGUACUUGCACCUGCAACUUCAGGAUCGACCCAGCUUUUUCGGUAAAAGUAAUGAUGAGGCUAAUUACAGAAAAGAAAUUUCCUCCUUACGUGCAAAAAUAAGGGUACAGAAAGCUGAAAUAGAUGGAUUAGAAGAUGAAAAACAGAAUUUAUGGAGUGAUAUCAAUCGUUUGGAGAGCAACCUUCGGCAAGCCAGCAUGGAAAUCGAUCGCGCCACCGAUGACUAUGUGAAAAUGAAAGAAGCCUUAACAGAAGCUGAUAAAAGUCACGCAGAAAAGUCGGCUGAAUGCAGUAUGUUGCGCGCUCAGUUAGCCAAUCUUUCCGAAAAGAUUGGUCAUCCUGAAGAAACAAAUAACCUUAUCAUGAGUGCUGUUGAACAGAAGAUUGAGGAAUGGAAAGAGGUACUGAAAUUCAUUUCUCAGUAA